AUGCGCGACUCGGGGAUCGACGAUGAUGCGAUGCUGGUAGACGGUUCAGCACCUCGUCCUCUGCGAGACCACGGCGACAUCAUCGCAGCUGGCUACGUGGAUAACUUCGCCACCGUCUCACUCAAGCCAGAGGUUGCCACCGCUUCGUGCCAGGCCAUGCGAGACGUGCUGGUUGCGAGGGGCUUACCUGUAGAAGAGUUCGCCCCCGCGGCGCAGCGCGUCACCUUCACUGGCCUCGACAUCCUGGGCGACGUCGGCGUCGUCAGGUGCAAGGUGGACCGGUUGUCUCGGUUGCGCCAGGCCCUACUUGGGCUACUCAGACGUGGCUUCGCAUCUCCGCUUGCGUUGUCCGCCGUGGUCGGGCACUGCACCUGGGGGAUGAUCACCAACAGGCCCAUGCUCUCCAUCUUCCACGCAGUCUACAGCUUCAUGGGUCAGGACUCGCGUCGGGCUUUGCCGCUGUGGCCGUCAGUCGUCUCUGAGCUCCGUGCCGCUGCUUCCCUCAUCCCGUUGUGGUGGGCUGAUGUCAGGGCAGAGUGGGCGGCCACCACCAUUUGCAGCGACGCCUCUCCAUACGGCAUUGGCGUGUGUCGCAAGUUCGUGGAACAAGAGGUCGUUGCUGCCGCAGGUCGACUGUCUGAGAAAUGGCGCUACCGCUUCUCCGAUGCCGUGCACGCCCGCGCCCGCGCUCUGGGAGUCGACCCGAACGUCGCGUUGGAAGCUGCCGUGAGCAAAAGAGGCCUCAAAGACUGCGAGCAGUGCCCGAGGAGCACCAAGCGGCUGCACCCCGAGUUUCGGCGCCAGCGAGCCACGACCGUGACGGAGCAGAGGACCAAGACGCAUCCAGGACCACAACGGCUCGGGCGGGGUGCGCUCUCGGUCCUCGAGUCAGCUGCCGUGUCGGACACAACCAUGGCCAACUACUGGGGCGCCGCCAAGAAGUUCGAGGAGUGGUGCCGCUGGACGUCCCAGACCUUCACCACGGCGGCGGAGGUCGAUGUCAUCCUAGUUGCCUACUUCGUGAACCUCUUUCUGGACGGCUUCGACAGUGCUACGGGCCGAGUCCUGCUCGCCUCCUUGAAGCACUACCUGCCUUCGAUCCUGGUGGGCAGGACGCCGUGCCCGCGUGCAGCUCGCGCCUUGACAGGCUGGCGGAAGCUCGUGCCCCCGCAGAUGCGACUACCCCUUCCACGGGCGGCGAUGGCCUCCAUCGUGGGCGUCCUCAUCUCGUGGAAGCUCUUCGGCAUGGCAGUGUUCAUCAGGCUGAUGUUCGACACCUACCUGAGGCCCAGCGAGGCCUAUCGGCUAACAGCGGGCAGCGUUAUUCGACCAAGACCCGAUGCCGCCCGCGGGUGCGGACAUUGGGCCCUGAUCGUCAACGACGCCUGCCUCGAUCGUCCUGGGAAGACAGGGGAGAUGGACGAGAGCGUGAUCGUCGACAACCCGACGCUCUGGCCCCUUCUCGACGCGCUGGUGCUGGGCAAGAAGACGAGCGACGGCCUCUGGACCUUCGCCCCCGACGAGGUGCGGAGCAUGUUCCGUCGUGCUGCCGCUGCGCUCGGGUUGGAAGCCGAGAUGACGCUCUACUCCCUUCGGCAUGGGGGUGCGUCCGACGACCUCCUGUCUCUCCGACGCACCAGGAAGGAGGUCAAGGACCGCGGCCGAUGGAGGACGGACCAGAGCCUCCUCCGCUAUGCCAAGAGGGCUCGUAUGCAGCAGCGGAUCGCCUCCCUAGGCCGGAACUUGAUCGACUUCGGGCACGCGGUCGACUCGCAGAUGAACGAUCUCAUUCUGCAGACCACCUCCUCAGGCGUCUUCCCGCUGCAAGUGCCGCUUGCCGUGACGCCGACACCGCCAGCGGUCAG